GUUUCUCUCAGGAUUCAGGAACCAUUUCCGCUCGCCAUCUGGAAGCUAUAGCUAGAUCGAUCUGCCUUAACUGUCUGUCUAUCUCAACACACCCCGAUCAGUGCUCCGGAGCUCGAACGACGGCGACAAUGGCUUCCGGCGGGUCGUCGUCUAACAGGGGCUCGUCCCGCGGGUGGACGCAGCGGCAGAACAAGCAGUUCGAGUGCGCGCUGGCGGUGUACGACAGGGAGACCCCGGACCGGUGGCACAACGUCGCCCGCUACAUGGGGGGCGCCAAGUCCGCCGACGAGGUGCGCCGCCACUUCGACCAGCUCGUCGCGGACGUCGCCCAGAUCGAGGCCGGCCGCGUCCCCUUCCCACGCUACGGCGCCGCCGCCGGCGGCGGCUUCGCCGACGACGCGGCGGCCAGCAGGUCGAGGUAUCUCAAGUUCCAGUGAUGAUCAAGACAAAAUGACGGCGCCAGAGACCAUGUCCCCGAGUCUCCGAUGGUGCCACCAACGCAACGAGAUGACACGACGCAUGCAUGUAUGGAAGUACUCCUACGAGUGAUAGAUAAUCACUGUGUGGAUUGGCUCCAAAUACGGAUACUAUAGGGAAGAAGGGUACUUGCACUAUACGGUAUGCUCGUUAUAUCACAAGCAAUGUAAAAUGCUUAGCAUCUUCUCUAUUCAGCCAUAAAACGCACUAAAGGUGUUCUCCCCAGCUUCAUCUACGCUUGGACUUCAUGCCCAAAAGUAUACGCGUAGUGUGCCUCUUUUCCCAGUGUUCCCGCGUGGCUCGUAUAUCGUUUACUUUUCUCCGAUGCAUUUCCUAGCUAGUGAUGAGGGAUCCAUUUCAAGCUGCCAAAGAAGAAAAGAAAAGAAGAGAGGAGGAUCGAAUAGGAAUAGUCACAUCAUCAUAAGGCUCCAAGGAUCGAGGCUUUCUACAGCAUGUGGGGAUGACAUGCAGUUCAAUAUGCUAAACUUUUAUUUUGGUUUUGGUCGUAUUCCAAACCAUAUGUCGGCAAGGAUUCAUAGAAGUAGAACCGCACCUCUUUGGUCUUAAAGGAAAGUCGCCCCGAUUUUAACCUCAGCUACUUGUUCUCUAGUAUUACACUAUAUAGUUUGUACAUGAACUUUUUAGCUUAUUUAUUAGCACAAAAAUCCAAGAGAAAUUCCACACGCAUUUGCGGAGUUAAU